GAACAAGAAGCAGACCAAGAAAUUCAAUUGCGCACGCAUUUCCCAUAUUGUUGCCAGUUAACAACAUCUACGGAUUGUUAAUCGCACAUUAGCUUGGAAAUUGUUCACCCGCACAAUAGGUGGCGAAAUGCACAUCAAGUUAUUGCGAACGAUAUUAUACCAUAGAAGAAGAAGAAGGAUUGCACGUAUCUUCCGCUUCACUACAUUGUUGUCAUUUAUGGACAUAUACGGAUUGUUUAUUGCACAUAAUCUUGGAUAUUGAAUACUAUUUACUUCACACAGGGAAUACGCAUCUGUAAUUUGGAUUGGACAAGAUGGCAAGCUGCAAUUUCCAGGCACAGUUGGUAUCCAUUCUGGAGGUAUUGGCUAAAGCAGCUGUAGCAGAAAUAAACAAUCGUGUAGAUGAUAGCUGUGCUGUUAUACGCAUGGAAAUUGUCCAAAGCCAGCGAGAUAUUGAUGUACUGAAAAGGAAGUGUCAAAUGAUGGAGAGCGAGCUGAAGAAGACACGAGGACGAGUAAGGAGAAAAGAGAGAUCUUCAUAUCCAGUCAAUAUCGUUUUGAAUAAGCAGAGGAGUAACUCACAGUGGAGAGACGGAGAGAAGGCUGUUGAAGAGGACUCUCAACCCCAGGUGUAGCCCUUGAUCAUGACUCGCAAUUCCAUUACACAUAAGAGUCAUUGGAUGAAGGUGUCUUCUGUACAGGGGAGCCUACAUUACUAUGCAUCGCUUGAGCCUACAGAUGUGGAGCAGAGAGUGGAGACUGAACUCAUACUGAUCAAAGAUGAGGAACAAGCAGAGGAUGUGUGGAAGACUGACCCUCAGGAAGAGCUCAGGAUCACUGGAGAGGAGUCUGGUUCCAAGCCUGGGAAACCACCAUCCUUUGAGCAACGGCACUGUGAUGAGGACUUCAUCACACAACCAAAUACAUCUCACGAAGACUCAGUGGAACAUUACCCCAAUUCUGAUCGUCCAGAGGAACCAGGAACACCCCGGCUCGCAUCUACAGAGGUGUUCAGCACAGAGCAGCACCGGCCGGACGAGGACUCACUAGACCUAGUGAUGGUGAAAGAGGAGGAGCUGGAUCAGACCAUGACCCUGGCAGGACCUGACCAGUUUGUCGUGGAUGAGACUGAUGGGCAGCUGAUGACCUCUGUGGGUCCAGGCAGAGACACUGACCCUGAUGGCCACCCAGAUUUCUCCUUUCAUUCCACAGAAGAGUAUUCUCAGAAUAUCUCAAUGGUCCCAUCUCAUAGUGGGCUGCCAUCUGUUCCUACUAUGACAGAUGAAGUGGGGCCAUCGCUUCACUCUUCUAUAUGGAAACCACAUGCUAACAUGUUCAGUGCAGCAAAACACAUGAAAAUACAUGUCAGGACAUUGGCUGAUGAGACUAGACAACAGAUGCCAGAGGGACAGAGCAGUAAAAGGCUGAACUCCAAUAAUGAAGGAAAUAGUUUAGCUCUACAGCCAAGACUGCAUCAAUACAGGGCUUCAGAAGCAACAGUGAGAUUGAGUGAGUGCAUGACAGGGUCAAACAUGGCCACCACGUCCACCUUCUCUGGAUACAGCCUGAGUCACAGUAGUUUUAACAUGGUGAAGAGAAUGAGGACUCAGUGGAGGUCGGGCGGCACCACCGAGAGGCGUUUCAGCUGCACCUUCUGUGGUAAGAGCUUCCCGCGUUUCUGGCAGCUAAAAGAACACCUCCGAAGUCACACUGGAGAGAAACCGUACACCUGCGAACAGUGUGGCAGGAGUUUUACCAAGCAGUGCAACUUGAUCAGACAUGCUGUGGUCCACAGCGGAGAGAAGCCCUACAAGUGCACACAGUGUGGGAAAUGCUUCACUCAGCGCUCCAAUAUGACGUCACAUCAAAGAACUCACAUAGGAGAGAGUCCAGUGUCUCAAUACGUGGCACCCGCAUACCCUGGGGAUCCACAAACAAGUUUAAUGUAGUCUCAGAACAGAUGGAACAAAUAGGAACAUAAUUGCAUUAUGCUUCAGAAAACACUUUCAAUGUGAAAAUGUAGAUCAAUCAACACUUCUCGCUAUCUUCUACACUAUCUGAUGUGCUUUGUUUUUGUAUCUAAUACCUCUACCGAUACACUCCCCUAUGUAUUUAUUUGGACAGUGAAGCUAAAACCUUUUAUUUGGCUCUAUACUCCAGGAUUUUGGAUUUGAGAUCAAAUGUUUUAUAUGAGCUGACAGUACAGAAUGUCACCUUUUAUUUUGAGGAUAUUUUCUGACAUAUUUUACUGUUUAGAAAUGAAAGCACUGUAUGUAUGUACUCUCCCCCCAUUUGAAGGAGGCAUAAGUAUUUUGACAAAUUCACGUAUGAUGCAUUACAUAUUCUCAAAAGUUUGAUAUUUGGUCCCAUAUUCUUAGCACACAAUGACUACAUCAAUCUUGUGACUACAAACUUGUUGGAUUCAUUUGCAGUUUGUUUUGGAUUAUGUUGCGCCCUGUAUAAAUGAAUGGUAAAUAAUUUAUUGUGUCAUUUUGGAGUCACUUUUAUUGUAAAUAAGAAUAGAAUAUGUUUCUGAACCCUUUUACAUUAAUGUGAAUGCUACCAUGAUUAAGGAUAAUCAUGAAUGAAUCCUAGCAAAUGAUGAGUGAGAAAGUUAGAGGCAUGAAUAUCAUACCACACAAAUAGACGCUUACCUCCCAUAUUAUUGGUAAUGGUGAGAGGUUAGCAUGUUUUGGGGGCAUGAUCUAUGUGCAUCUGUAACUUUCUCACUCAUUAUCUACGAUUCAUUUAGGAUUAUUCAUAAUCAUGGUAGCAUCCCCAUUCUUAAUUUCUUAUUUACAAUAAAAGUGACUCUGACGCAAUACAUUAUUUACCAUUCAUUUCUACAUUUACAUUUAAGUCAUUUAGCAGACGCUCUUAUCCAGAGCCACUACAUCAACCGAAGCAGUCAAAACAAACUGCAAAUGAAACCAACAACUUUGUAUAGUCACAAGUUUGAUGUAGUCAUUGUGUGGUAGGAAUGUGUGACCAAAUACUUAACUUUUGACUAAAUUAAAUAAAUUAAGUGAAUUUGUCCAAAAUACUUAUGACACCUUCGAAUGGGGUUGGCAAGCAGUCUCGAGGUUAGAGCAUUGGGCCAAUAACCCAAAGGUUGCUGGUUCAAAUAAGGGAGCAGACAAGGAAAUCUUUCACCCUUGUGCCUUUGAGCAAGGCACUUAAUCCAAAUUGCCCCAGGGGCACUAGACAAUGGAGAGCCUGCCUGUGACUCCACUCCCUGCGGGUGUCUCGGGAGUUGGGAUAUGCAAGAAAUACAUUUUCAUUACACACUUGUGUGACAAAUAUAAUCACCCCCAAAAUUAUUAUUCUAAAUGUGGUGGUUAGAUAUAUGACGUGCAUAAACAGAUAUGCAUUAAAUAUCCUCAAAUAAAAGGUGACAUUCCGUACUGUCCCCUGAUAUAAAACAUUUUAUCUCAAAUCCAAAAUACUGGAGUAUAGAGCCAAAUUAAAAGUUAUAGCUUCAUUGUCCAAAAGAAUACAUAGGGGAGUAUAUGCAUGUGCCUUUAAAACCCUAAGAGAAUAACCUCCUAAUGUAACUCUGCUAUAAUGCAUGUAUAAUGCGAUAGUUACUUGAAAUAUACAGUAUCAUUGAAGGAAAUGUACAUGAAACUAGUUUAAUAUCUUUGUUCCCCAGCUGAGUUUCUAACAAGUUGCAUACCUUUUUCAAACCUUUAAUAAAUACCAUACCACAUU